UCAUUCUUUGUACGACUUACUUAAAAUUCUCCGGGGACAUACCACACAAAGAUGGAAAAACGCAGACUGGACUGUGUCGGUCUACCCCCAGGCUGGAAACGCGAAGAGGUUGUCAGAAAAUCGGGACUUUCUGCCGGGAAAACUGAUGUUUAUUAUAUAAGCCCAGAUGGUAAAAAGAUUCGAAGCAAACCCCAGUUGGCUAGACAGCUAGGAGAACAAUUUGAUCUCAGUGCAUUUGACUUCCGCAGUGGUAGAAUUAACCACAGUCAGCUGAGAAAAAGUAAGCGCCCUCAAGGACCCUAUGACUUCACCAGAGGAAUGAGGCACGACAGUAGCUUAGUAUUACCUAUACGUCAGACUGCCUCCAUCUUUAAACAGCCAGUCACUGUGAUCCACAGGCAGGAGAGCAAGACAAAGUCCGAGCUCAAACAUGGGCCUCAGGAUCCUCCCAAACAGUUAUUUUGGGAGAAGCGACUACAAGGCAUUCAGGCCUGUGAUAGCCAAGAAGAGGUAAUCAAAGCACUGGACCUACCCAGAAAUGUACAAGGAGUAGGGCCUGAGCUGACAACUGAGAACAUCUUACAGAGUAUAUCAGCAGCUCUACACAUCAGCAGCAGCCCCGUCGUAGGCCAGGGCAACAAUCGAGCGACAGUGGCCAAAAAUCCCGGGGUCAACAUCGACGUGUAUCAGCCACACAUACAGCAAGUAAUAGUGUCAGAAGAUGACAUUCGUAGACAAGAAGUGAAAGUGAUUGAGGCCAGAAGAAAGCUACAGGAUGCGAUAAAGGGAAUUAUGUAGCAGGUUUCCAAAAUACAGUCCGCCAUUGUCACAUGAAAGCCCAGUAGAUCUGAGACUAGAUAAUGCACGUGUCAUUAGUGUUUCUGUUGUCGUAUUCAUUUUACCUUGAUUAUAAUUGAUCAUGUAAUUCAAUUUUUUUAUCAAAUUAGAAAUAAAAUUUCAUUGAUGCUGUGCGUGUGUGAAAGAUUUCCCUCCCAAAAAUCAUUUGUAAUAUUUAUUGAAAAUAAAAUUGAGUUUUAAUUUAAAA